GUGACCGAAAAAUAAUCUGAUCAGCUGAUGUGACCCAGCAACAACACAACGUAGCUAGAGAAAUCUGCCAGGGAGGGGGCUGAAGAACAACAAUGACACCGCUCGGAAAGAAACAAACACAGUAACACUUUUAAAAGACUUUUAUAUCGGAAUCGCGCGGAUUUCCCUGCCGUUUUAAAGACAGAGUCCAUAGAUUUCAGAGUUUCACUUAGCAUCUGUUUUUAUUGAUAUGCUACUUGAGCUCAGUUGACAAGUGUAAAGGUUAGCUACUUGUUUGGACGGAACACUUGAGUGUUAGGGUUUGUUAGUUUAUUGGUUGCUAUUUUAUUUCUUGUAGAGGCCAAAUAGCUGCUAGCUAAGCGAACAUGCUAAAGUUGCUAAACAACAAACCUAAUUUGUAAACAAGCUCUUGAUGGUCAGUUUUCUAGUUUGUUAGCUUGCUAGCAUCAGCGUUUGUAGCUUUAUUUCUGUCGUUUUGGUCGGAACUGGAAAAUUCUUGUUAGUGAUUUUAAACAAUCACCAACUUUAUUUAAUCUAAACGUUGCUGAGAAAGCAUCAAGAAAAUUAGCUUGUUUUUACUGGUGCUAAAUGCAUUAGUUUUUUUUUUAAUUUGAUGCAAGUGUUCAUGCUGUAAAGAAACAUCAACAGCUUCUAUUCCUUCUGAGAUCGGUUACAAGCAGCACUAUUUAACUUCUGCUCCAAAGUUAGUUUGACUGUAUUUUUAUUGUUGUUGAUAAGCGUUAGUGUUGUCACAGCUGUUCCAGUCAGCACUGAUUAAUACUUACCUGCCCGUUGGGAGGAAUGAUGAGUAGUCAUGGCUCUUCCUCUGAAAAGGGAGUCAAUACUAGUCUGAUAUGUCAAGAACGUUUUUCCUGUGGUGGUUCUGAAGAGGCAGCAUUUGAGUGUGAUGGCUGUAAAAGCCUGCAGUGUGUUCGAUGUGAGCUGGAGCUUCACAGUCAGGAGCGUCUGAAGAACCACGAGCGGGUCCUGAUAGGUCCGGGUCAUGUCCCCUACUGUGACAAUUGUAAAGGAGGCAACGGGGACAGCAGCAAGCGCCACAGGUCUGUGGUGCGCUGCCAGAAUUGCAAAGUGAAUUUGUGCCAAGACUGUCAGAAACGCACCCACAGUGGGAGCAGCAAGAAGAAACACCAGCUCGUUUCUUACCCUCCACCACCCAAACCUGCAGAAGUCAAUUCUGUGCAGACAACUGUUGAGCAUGUUAUUCAAAUAAACGAUGAGAUCGACUUUCAGAGAACUAAACUUAUAGAAAAAGUAUCCAGUUUUCUCCUGGUUGAUGAGAAUGAAGAAAUGCAGAUAAAAAAUGAAGCUUCAUUUAUGAAGUGCCUGGGCUGCAGCCCCGAGCAGCUGCUGAAGGUGGUGUCCAUCUUUGGUAACACAGGAGAGGGAAAAUCGCAUACCCUGAAUCACACAUUCUUCACGGGUCGAGAAGUCUUCAAGACUUCGCCCACACAGGAGUCGUGCACCGUGGGAGUAUGGGCUGCACUGGACCCCCUCCGCAACGUUGUGGUCAUCGAUACCGAGGGGCUCCUUGGAAACUGCUCCAAACAGGGACAGAGAACCCGUCUUUUGCUCAAGGUGCUCGCCAUCUCCGACCUCAUCAUCUACCGCACCCACGCCGAUCGUCUCCACGACGACCUUUUCAAGUUUCUUGGUGAUGCAUCCAAUGCUUAUCUGAAUCAUUUCACCAAAGAGCUCAAAGCCACAACGGCCCGCUGUGGCCUAGAUGUCCCGCUGUCCACUUUAGGCCCUGCUGUGGUCAUCUUCCACGAGACUGUUCACACUAAGCUGCUGGGUUCAGAGAAAUCCUCUGAGUCAGUAGAACGGCUUCUUUUGGAGCGAUUUAGAAAACUUUCCCGUUACCCGGAAGCCUUCAGCUCGGUCCAAUAUUGGGGCACGCAGACUCUCAGUCCCCCUACAGACUUCCAUGGCUUGCAGAAGAAACUGGAGCAGCUCCUGGAUAACAAUGCGACCCGUUCCCCACGCACUCCCCUGGUCAUCUUCAAAGCCCUGCAGGCUUUGAGCGAGCGCUUCAACGGGGAGAUCUCAGGUGAACUGUCGGUGCACAGCUGCUUCUUUCCUGAUGAGUACUUCACCUGCUCUAGCCAGUGCCUCAGUUGUGGAUCUAAAUGCAAGAAUAGUAUGAACCACUUAGACGAAGGAGCAUUUCACGACGCCCAGCAGCGCUGCCGUUACUCUGCUCAGUAUGACAAUCGCAUUUACACCUGUAAGGCUUGCUACGAAGGGGGAAAGGAAGUGAUCGUUAUCCCGAAGACCUCUGCUUCCGCAGACUCUCCGUGGUUGGGUCUCGCCAGAUACGCCUGGUCUGGGUAUGUUAUAGAAUGUCCAAGCUGUGGAGUGAUCUACCGAAGCCGGCAGUACUGGUAUGGUAACCAGGACCCUGUAGACACAGCUGUCCGCACUGAGAUCCAGCAUGUUUGGGCAGGGUCUGACGGUUUUUUAAAAGACAACAGCAACGCCGCACAGCGGCUUCUGGAUGGAGUCAACCUAGUGGCCCAGUCCGUGUCAGAGCUCAGUGUCAAACCUGCCAAGGCCGUCACCUCAUGGCUGACAGAUCAGAUCGCCCCAUCCUACUGGAAACCUAACUCCCUCAUCUUGAUGUGCCACAAGUGUCACGCAGUCUUCCAGGAUAAUGACACCAAGCAUCACUGCCGUGCCUGCGGGGAGGGCUUUUGUGAUGGCUGCUCCUCUAAAGCUGCGCCCGUCCCUGAGAGAGGCUGGGGUCCUGCCCCUGUCAGAGUCUGUGACGUCUGCUUUGAGCAGAGGACAUCACAUGCAGAAAUACUCGCAUCUGUACUUGACGAGGAAGAAGGUGGAACUCUUGCCAGGAAGGUUGGAGAAGCGGUUACCAACACCAUAGGAGUCGUUGUUACCGCCAUUGAUAUCCCACUUGGCUUAGUGAAAGAUGCAGCCCGUCCUGCCUAUUGGGUUCCUGACCAGGACAUCUUGUCAUGCCACAGCUGCCAACGUGAGUUCACUGCCAAGCUGUCCAAGCACCACUGCCGUGCCUGUGGCCAAGGAGUGUGUGACGAAUGCUCCCCGGAGCGCCGAGCGGUCCCUUCGCGUGGCUGGGAUCACCCUGUACGUGUGUGUGCCGGCUGCAACCAGAAACCUGGAGAACUUUAAUUAGUGGGGGGGCUUUCUUUUCCUCAGAGAACCUCUCGCUCAGUCACUGCUGACGUUACCUCUACUCUAAUGGUUCUGACUUGUAUCUGUGGAAAGGAAAACUCACAAGUUGCCCAGCGUCCGCCCGGCAUUAGGGAAUAUUUUGGGUUUGAGAGUUUGUGUGGCCUUUGUAGAACAGCCAGAACUUUUGGUUUCUGAAACCUGCAUUUCAACUCAGAUUAUUAAAAGAUUCAUUUUGGUUAUUAUGGACACAAAUCACUAAUGUUUCCGUUAAAUAAAGCUGUUUGAAUUAUUUUUAUAUUAUUUUAAAAAAAGCGUGAGGAAAAAAAACUUCUUUUAUUGCAUUAUUUAAGAGUGAUAGUUGAGAAUGUUGAUGGGUUGUUGUGAUUAGUUUCCAGCACCUUAAACUGUGUUGUUUCUCUGAUGUGUGACAGCAGAAGGAUCAUUUGUGCAGGUUCUGUUGCAUGCAUGCAUUAUAGCAUCUUGGUUACUUUGCACUAAGCCUUUUUUCAGCUGUUAUAGGCUGUUAUAUAGCGGCCAAAAGCCAGAUGAUCCAGGGGAAGAAGUUCCAAACUCAGCUGAACUUUCCAACUGUAGGUUUUAAAUUUUGGAUAUCUGGUGUGCCAAAAAUCAUUCAGGUCAUCGUAUUUGUGCUGAUGUGAUGUUUAUAUUCCAUCGUGUCGUUUGUGGUCGGAUGACGAUAUAAAAGAGUGCAGAUUUUCAGCGUUGACUGCCGUUUAUAUAUUCAUUUUUAAAUGAAGGACGCGCAUGCUCGACAGUCUGAGAGAUUCAUGCUUUUUGUUUGUUUUGACAACAGCCUCUUCUGAUAGGUGGUGUCUUAAUCCAUAAAUUCAAUGUUUACAUUUGUUUUAAAUGUUAUUAAUAGUUCCUGCCUGCUGGAAUGUGUGGAAAAAGUCUUCCAAGGGCGAAGGAUGUUCAGAUUUCUCUGGUUCUCUGCAAGCUCAACAAGACAAGAUUGUGAUUUAAUUCAGUGCAUCACAUGUUUUUAUCCUUGUAUCAGAGGCUGUUGUAAGUCAUAGUUAUAGUCAUUGAUUGGAUGUUUAUAUUCUUUUGUAAUGGAAGUUUGUGAACUGCACUUUCUACUGUUUUUGCUUGUUCUGUUCACAUGUUAAUCCAUAUUACGUGACACAAUUGUAGCCCAUCUAAUGAAAACAUUACAUGCACAUGUGAUAUCAUAUAAAGCACAAGGUGAUGCCUUUCAAGCAAAUGUUUGUAUUUUAUUUUGGAAAACAAACAAAAGAAUGAAGAUAAUGUUAUUUUGUUGUUGAUCUCUGAUGAGAAAAUGUGUCUCAGUGAUCUGAUUUGUGUGAUUGUUCCAUGAAACAAACCCUCCUGGUAUGCUAACAUUGCACAGAAAAGAAUUGGACAUAGAGCUAGGUUACUUGCACUAAAUUGUUUCCACAUUUGUGAUGUCCGCUUCCUCAGAUGUUCCCCUGCAGUGUUUGAGAAAUGCAUUUCAAGAAGCUUUUUUUGUCAAUAAGUGAGGAUGCUAUCAAUACUCUUCAUCUUCUAAUGUGUGUACUUUCAACUGUUAGAAUCUAACUUGAAGAAAUUAUGUGAUACCUUCUGAUCUGGUGGAAGAUUUGCAUAAGAUUAAAGCUGUGUCAGCACCUGGCUGUCAAAACAAUCUGAAA